AUGAAGUUCCUUUUUCCUCUUGUAGCCAGCCUUAUGCUACAGUAUCAAGUGAAAUCAGAGUUUUUGAUCGUGAAAAAAUGUAUAAUGGGCUUUGGGAGAUGCAAAGACAGCUGCUUCGCAGAGGAAAUCGAGAUACAGACCUGCAAAUCCAAAAAAUGCUGCAUUGGGUCCAAAGUGACUAAACUGAUUAAAAGCUACCUGCGACACGAAAUUCCCCACAUCCCUGACAAGGACCUCGUGGAGAUGCUGAAGAGCGAGAAGAAGUCCAGAGAAGAGCUGCGAAGGAAACAGGCCUUAGUCACACUCCCCCAAAUCGGAGUUGUCAACCCUUUGCUCAGUAUCAACUCUGCCAUUGUCCCAAAAGGCUCCCCUGUGAAGUCUGUCACCCCCAGGCCAGGCAGACAUGGCUUGGGCGGUAUUGUUUCCACCAAGAGGCAUGUGGAACCAAUCAGGGAUUCUGCCAAUGCUGCCCCUCAGUCCCGACCUGGACCACCUUGGCAGCAGGGAAGCAGAUGA